CUCUCUUUCCCACAAUGCAACGGUGCGCAAUUGUUGUGCGCAGUCGUUAUCCAGUCAAAGAGAUGUGGAGGCGACGCGAGCUAGCAUUAGCCGAGAGGGACAUUGAAUGACUUUGUUGACCGUGCGAGGCAGCGCAAGGAACUCGGUCCCCCUUUUUUUUUGGACAGGUCGGGAGCGGUUUCGGAGCUCAUGGAGGCCCUUAUACCUGUCAUAAACAAGCUGCAAGAUGUUUUCAACACUGUGGGCGCGGACGUCAUUCAGCUGCCGCAGAUAGUAGUUGUAGGUACUCAGAGCAGCGGCAAGAGUUCUGUUUUAGAGAGCCUUGUUGGCCGGGACGUACUACCUCGUGGCACAGGCAUCGUAACCCGCCGGCCCCUGAUUUUUCAGCUGGUUCACAUCGACCCCGAAGACCGCAGGAAGACCAGCGAAGAGAAUGGCGUCGAUGGCGAGGAAUGGGGCAAAUUUUUGCACACCAAAAACAAGAUUUACACAAAUUUCGAGGAGAUCCGCCAAGAAAUCGAAGCAGAAACCGAAAGAAUAUCUGGCAUUAACAAGGGUAUCAGUGAUGAACCCAUUCACCUGAAGGUCUUCUCACCUCAUGUUGUCAACCUCACACUGGUGGAUCUACCCGGUAUCACAAAGGUGCCAGUUGGAGACCAGCCCAAAGACAUCGAGAUCCAGAUCCGAGAACUGAUUGUCAAGUACAUCUCCAACCCCAACUCCAUCAUCCUGGCUGUGACUGCUGCCAACACAGACAUGGCAACGUCAGAGGCCCUGAAGGUGGCCAGGGAGGUUGACCCGGAUGGCAGGAGGACGCUAGCAGUAGUCACCAAGCUGGAUCUGAUGGACGCCGGAACAGACGCCAUGGAUAUACUGACAGGCCGAGUCAUUCCUGUGAAACUAGGCAUCAUCGGACUCGUCAACAGGAGCCAAUUGGAUAUCAAUCAGAGGAAAUCCGUGGCUGAUUCUAUACGUGACGAAUACGCUUUUCUACAGAAGAAGUACCCCUCCCUUGCGAACAGAAGUGGUACCAAAUAUCUCGCCAGGACACUGAAUAGAUUGCUCAUGCACCACAUCCGAGACUGCCUCCCUGAGCUCAAAACCAGGAUCAACGUGCUGGCAGCCCAGUACCAGUCGCUCCUCAACAGCUACGGAGAGCCGGUGGACGACAAAAGCGCCACGUUGUUGCAGCUCAUCACCAAGUUUGCCGCAGAGUACUGCCACACCAUCGAGGGCACGGCCAAGUACAUCGAGACUGCUGAACUCUGUGGCGGCGCCAGAAUCUGUUACAUAUUUCACGAGACAUUCGGGCGCACCUUGGAGUCUGUCGAUCCCCUGGGGGGCCUGACCACCAUCGACGUACUCACGGCAAUCAGAAAUGCAACGGGCCCAAGGCCUGCUUUGUUCGUGCCCGAGGUGUCCUUUGAGUUGCUGGUCAAGAGGCAAGUAAAGCGUCUGGAGGAGCCGAGUCUGCGCUGUGUGGAGUUAGUUCACGAGGAGAUGCAGAGGAUCAUCCAGCACUGCAGCAACUACAGCACACAGGAGCUACUGAGAUUUCCAAAGCUCCAUGAUGCCAUUGUCGAAGUGGUCACCUCCCUGUUGAGGAAGAGACUGCCAGUCACCAAUGAAAUGGUGCACAACCUGGUUGCGAUCGAGCUGGCGUACAUCAACACCAAACACCCAGACUUUGCUGAUGCCUGCGGCCUGAUGAACCAUAAUAUAGAGGAGCAAAGACGCAACAGAAUAAGGGACCUGCCUUCUGCUGUCCCCCGAGACAAGGCAGCAGCAGGUGGUGCUCAGGGCACCUCUUCCAACGAGCAGAUCGAUGGCGGGACAGGGAACUGGAGGGGAAUGCUGAAAAAGGGAGAGGACGGUAUGGUCCCCCAGAACCCCCUACCGAGCAGCGCACAAAAGGGCUAUGCUGUUAAUUUGCUAGAUGUGCCUGUUCCAGUAUCCAGGAAGUUGUCCGCUCGGGAGCAGCGAGACUGUGAGGUCAUUGAGAGACUCAUCAAGUCCUAUUUCCUAAUCGUACGGAAGAACAUCCAGGACAGCGUGCCCAAGGCCGUAAUGCACUUCCUGGUCAACCACGUGAAAGACUGCCUGCAGAGUGAGCUGGUGGGCCAGCUGUAUAAAGCCGGGCUGUUGGACGACCUGCUGACAGAGUCGGAAGACAUGGCGCAGCGACGCAACGAGGCGGCGGGCAUGCUCCAGGCCCUGCAGAAAGCCAGCCAGGUGAUAGCAGAGAUCAGAGAAACACACUUAUGGUGAGUGAGGGAAGCAGGCUCCUCCUCCUCAUCCAGCCCACACGGACCACCCCGAGACCCAAACACACUUCUCACCAUACAGUACAACAGUGUUUGUGUAUGAUCACUCAUAGUUUUGAAUGUACAGUCAGGAUCAAGUCCACCAUUACUCACCUCCCUUCCCCCCCCGCCCCCAAAAAAAGCUGGAAUAUUCUAUUUUUCUUACGUACUAAACAGCAAAUAUGAUAGGGAGGAUGUAUAAAUUGUAUCGUCUAUCACCACUAUGUGGAGCCUCGCUAAAGAAUGUCGUAUGUGUGGAAUCCAAUUAAAGAUAGGACCUUAGUGGAAGCUUUGAUGUUGUCAGAAGUGAAUUUGAAAACUGCAUAA